AUGAUGCACAUUGAUGCGACAAGGAGAGGCAAAGCCGGGGAUUUCGGGUCUCGGUUCCUGGCAUCUAGACCGAAACUGGGGUUUGAACGUCCGGAGGAACUUCGGCCAGCAGGAAAGAUUGAGAUUGGCACUGUGAAUCCGUCGUUCGAAGUGGGAGCUUCUGGGCAUCGGAUCGCCGCGAGGAGACAAGGGGGCCUUUCGUCGCAUGGUGCGUGCGGGGAAAUGGGGCAACAAAAUCAUGUGCUUGUUGCCCUCUUUCGCCUUGCUCAUUCUCGAUGCCGCAGCUUCAUUUUGACCGAGGAGCGAGAGAGAGUCGGAUGGAUGGAGCUCGUGGUGAUGGUGGUGGGUUGCUCGACUUGGAGGGUGAAGAAGCAGGCAGGCAGGCUGGCUCAAGACAAGCCUCAGAUUGGGGCCCAUGGUGUGCGCCUCAACAGGGGUCUGGGCAUCACGGAGCGCAUUGCCCCCAAGAUGGAGAGCUGGACUGGCGAGACGCGCGUGAGGUUCACCGACUUCCCAGACAUCACAAGCGCCGAAUUCGCCGCGAGCCUCGUGGCCAUCUACCAGGCGGCCGCCGCCAAGAAGACGAUUCCGCCGCCAGCGAGGUCGCCGCCGCUCGAGGACAAGGAUCAACGUGGCCAGCUGCACCAGCUCGUGCGCCGCGUCUUCCACUCGCUCAUCGACACGACGACCGACAACUCCGACCCGUCCCUCGCCGGCGCCAUCAUCGUCGCCUCCGGUCGUCCACCACGCCCCUCCAAGGCCUACAGCCAGGCAAACCGCAUGAAGACGGGCAGUAACCGGCGCAACGCCAAGGGCAAGGUCAAGGCCGAAGGCGAGGGCGAAUACCUCCACUUCACGCUCUACAAGGAGAACCGCGACACCAUGGACGCCAUCCACCAGCUCGCCCGCGCCGGCCGCGCCAAGCCGCAGCACUUUGCCUUUGCCGGCACCAAGGACCGCCGCGCCGCCACCGCCCAGCGCUGCUCCGUCCGCUGGCUCAAGGCCGAGAACCUCCACGGCGUCCAGGCGCGCGUCCACGGCCUCGUCACGGGCGACUACCGCUACGAGAGGCACCCGCUGCACCUGGGCGGCCUCCUGGGCAACGAGUUUGUCAUCACGCUGAAGAAGUGCCACCUCGCCGACCCGGCGUCCGAGGCGCUGCCGGCGGCGGCGCGCGAGGCGGCCAUUCGCGGCGCCGCCGAGACGGCCCUCGAGAGCAUGGCCUCACGCGGCUGUUUCAACUACUUUGAGCACCAGCGCAUCGGCACCUAG